AUGCCACCAGCUCACAAGAGUCACAAUUUCCGUCCGGAAAAUGUUUUGAAGCGUGCAGAAGAUUUGAUCGCCGUUGGGCAAAAGGAAGCCGCUUUGGAUACCUUGUAUGAGCUCAUCACUUCAAGAAGAAUUCGUUACUUGCAAGUGGAAGAUUUAGAGCCUAUAGCUAAUUUGCUCAUUGAAUUGGCUGUUGAAUUAAGGAAAGGUAAAUUGGCCAAAGAUGCUUUGCACCAGUAUAAGAAAAACAUUCAAAUGUCUGAACAUGGAUUGGAAUCAGUUCAAACUAUUGUUCGUAAAUUUAUUUCUUUAGCUGAAGCCAAGUUGGAUGAAGCACAAGCCAAGGCCGAUGUUAAAAUUGAUCAAGAGGAAACUGCUGAGGAUGACUUGGAAACAGCUCAGACUCCAGAAUCUAUUUUGUUGAGCGCCGUUUCAAAUACUGACACUGCUGACCGUACUGAAAGAGAAUUGGUUACUCCAUGGUUGAGGUUCUUGUGGGAAGCUUUCAGAGCCUGUUUGGAUAUCUUAAGAAACAAUUCAAAAUUGGAAGUUACUUAUUCUGCUAUUGUUAACCAGGCAUUUAAGUUUUGCUUAAACUUUAAGAGGAAGGCAGAAUUUAGAAGAUUGUGUGAAUUGUUGAGGGUUCAUAUGCAAACAGUCACCACCCAGGUUAAAACUUCAUCUAACAAUGCUAUUGACUUGUCUGACUCUGACACUGUUCAACGUUAUUUAGAGCAAAGAUUUUCUCAGUUGAAUAUCGCUGUCAAGUUGGAAUUAUGGCAAGAGUCCUUUAGAUCAGUUGAUGAUGUGCAUAGUUUAAUUACUGCUUCCAAAAAGGCACCAAAGCCAACUAUGAUGACCAAUUAUUAUGAAAACCUUGCUAGAAUUUUUGCUGUUUCAGAUAACACAUUGUUUCACGCUGCUGCUUGGAACAAGUUUUUCAACUUGUAUUCACAAUCACCGAAAGCUACCGAUGAGGAAUUGAAGAGAUAUGCUUCGAUUUUGGUGUUGUCUACAUUGGCCAUUUCUCAAAAUGCCAUUCAAGAUGCCGACGAUCAUAAAGCAAAGAAUUCAAAAUUGUCUUCAUUGUUGAAUUUAACUCAAGUGCCUACAAGAGAUGGCUUGAUUAAAUCUAUUGUUCAAAGAGGGAUUAUUAAAUAUGUUGAUGGACCAGUUAAGCAAUUGUUUGACUUGUUGGAAGAGGACGAUUUUCAACCAUUGUCGGUGAAGAAGGAAGUCGUAGAAAUAUUUAAGGCUAUCGAAUCUGACGAUGAGUUUAAGAAAUACAUCCCAACCUUGACUGAGGUUAUCUUAAUCAAAAUCUUUCAACAGGUUUCACAGGUUUAUGACACUGUCAAAUUGGAGUUUUUGGUAUCAUUGGGUGUAUUCAAAGGAUUGCAAUACUCUUUAUCCGAAUUGGAGGUUGAGGAGUUAAUUGUCAAUGCCGUUAAGGAUGAUUUGCUUACCUUAAUUAUUGAUGAUGAAGCUGGAGUUGUUUCCUUCAGAUCUAGUCCAUUUGAAGACGUUACCAAUGCAUCUACUCGCAAGUUGCAAAUCUCGCCAGCUGAAAUCGUUCGUACUCAAAUUAGCAAGUUGGCAGCCACUGUUGCUGAAUCAGUUCAAAUUAUUGAUCCAGAAUUUGAAAUUCGUCGUAAGCAAGCGCAAGAAGUGGCAUUGCAUCGUGCUAUGGCUGAUUUGGUCCGCGAACAGCAAGCUCUCGCUGAUAGAUCCAAGAUUAUUGAGGAACGCAAGAUUGUGGCCGAGAAGCGUAGACGUGAGGAGGAGGAAUUACAAGCUAGAUUGAAGCAGGAGAGAAUUGCUGCUGAACAAAAGGCAGAACAGGAAAGACUAGUCCAAGAGCAAGAGCGUAAGAAAUUGGAGAAAUUACAAAAAGAACGUGAAUUGAUUCAAGAGAAUGAAAAGAGAAAACUUGCUGAGGAGAUUAAUGCCAAGGGUAUCAUCAAGGUUGAUUUGAACAACUUGAAAGAUUUGGACGCUGGUAAGUUGAAGAUGAUGCAAGUUGAACAAUUGAAUAAAGAUAGAAAGGAGUUAGAAGAGAAGUUGAAGGUUACCUUUAAAAAGGCAGACUACUUGGAGAGAGCAUAUAGACAACAUGAAUUGAAAUUAUUGGAUUCUGAAGCGGAAAAGCAAAGAUCAUUGGAGAUUGAGAACUAUGAAGCUGCCAAGAAUGCCAAGAUUGCCAAAGCAAAGAAAGACUUUGAUAAUGCUAUCGCUUUGAAGGAACGUUUUGAACGUAUGUUGCCUGACUACACUGCCUUCAAAGCUGAACUUGACGCCAAGAAUGCUGCAAAAUUAGAAAGAUUGAAGCAAGAAGCUCAUGAAAAGUUCGAAAAGGCUAAGCAAGAGAGAAUUGAAAAGGUCAAGAGGCAACGUAUUGAAGAAUUAAAGGUUAGAAAGGAGAGGGAGCGUAAAGCACAAGCAGAGGAAGCAGCAAGAAAGGCUCAAGCUGCUGAACAUGCCAAGUUAAAGGAAGAAUUGAGAAAGCAAAGAGAAAAGGAUGAAGAGUUGCAAAGAAAGAGGGAUGAAAUGGCAGCACAAGCCGCCGCUCAAGAAGCAAAACCAGCUGGACCAUUGACAUUCGCUCAAAGAAUGAAGUUGAAGAGGGAAGGAAAAUUAGCGUAA